AUGAAAAACAUUUGGUCGCUUCCGGAUCAUUUGUUCUGUUCGCUAAAUGGGUUGAGAUCAUUGAACAUCAGCUCCAACUGGCUGCAGGACGUGAAUGAUUUGGGCGUCCGAGAGAAGCCACAGGUGAAGGAUGAGAGUGGAAACAGUACCACAGUCAGUUGCAACUUGGAUCUGGAAGAUUUGGAUGUAUCCCAGAAUGACUUUGUCCUGCUACCAGGCAGUGGAUUUGGAAUGUUGAAACGAUUGAAGCUACUCAAAAUCCACGACAAAGAGAUUUCCGUGGUUGUUGACAAAGCUCUAAAUGGGUUGAAGGAGUUGAAGCUCUAA